UAUUGUUCGUGAUCUGACACCAAUGAGGGAUUAUGAAGUUGGCAAAUUGUGUUGAAAUUGGGCUCCCUGCAUUUGUUAUUCUGGUGAUAUUGUCCCAGGCCUACUUCCCACCAAUUUCACAGCCUGAAGGAUUGCCACUUAAAAUCCUUGAUGCAAAAGGCAAGGAAUGGAUAUUUCAAUUUCGCUUCUGGCCAAACAAUAAUAGCAGGAUGUAUGUUUUAGAGGGUGUCACUCCUUGCAUACAGUCAAUGCAGUUGCAAGUAGGUGACACAGUAACAUUUAGUCGAUUGGAGCCAGAAGGGAGGUUGGUUAUGGGAUUUAGAAAGGCUUCAAAUGCCACGCCAUCUGAUCAGGUUCAAUUUGUUAUAUGAAGAAUGCAUUGAGUUUAAUAAGCUGGGACUUAGAGAUAAUGUUGCGCAGAUAUAUGUACUAGAGAGAUUUCACUUUUGGAAACAGAAAAAGCCUCUGAUAUCCAAUUGUGGUGCCAUUUGUAACUCUCUUCAAAAGAUAAAGACCGACAAGUACAUUCAAAGGCAACCCAAGGUUCUAGAGGAAUCAAUUGGUUCAAUUGAUUCAGAGAGCCAGGGACUACAAGAAAGAAUAUUGGGAUUCAUUUGGUUCAGAGAAUGUGAUGCUUCCGGCUGCGCUAC